AAAAUUGACCACAUAGUUUUGCGUACGUACACAAUUGAUGAGUAUUGCUUUAGGUCGCAGAUCACCACGUCAAGAAGAAAAAGAAAAAUGACCUUUGGACUAAACGUUUUUAUACGAAUUUUGAUUGUGUUAAAAUUGGGACUGUCUGAUUCCAGUUCUGUACUGAUGUGAGGGUCGUUGAAUGUUCCUGAUUUUCUGUGCUAGGAUUUCAUGAGUUUUAGAUACCACUGUAUUGUAUAAAUAGACCGUAAUACUUUAACUUAAUUAGAGAAAAUUCAAGACAUUUUACAUUAACAGCAAAAACGACAUAUUUCAAAACAUAAAUGUGAAUUCUGAAAUGUCGAAGGACAAGGUAGACGAAAUUGCACGCAAAUUGUCAUCGAACGAGAGCUGGGAGAAGCAGAAGUGGCAACCUAAUAUUCAACGGGAAUCAGAACUCAAUGAGGGUUUCCUCUACUGUAGAGGCCCAGCGUGGGACAAAUCGUCUUAUAACAUAAAUCGGCACCCAGGAAUCGACAGCAAUUUUAAAUCCAUCUAUUCAACUUCGCUCAGGACCGGAAGCACAUCAAGUAAUUUUGGAAGUCUAUCGAAUAUGUCGACUUUCAGGGCAAGCAGAAACAACAGCCUUUCACACACGAAUAACGCUAGGAGAAGCCGCCUGGCAGCUGUGUUUCUAGUGAUGUUCAUGCUGUUUGUUGUUGUGGGAGUGGCUGUGGGGAUUACCCUUAGUUACGUAAAACAACGAGAUAUUAUCAGGCUCCACGUGACAUUUAGCGUCGAUAACAAUGGCACACACAACAGCCAACAAGACGACGUUCUAUUUUGCUCUAAGGUACAGAAAGCGCUCCGUUCAACCAAAUUUAGACACCAUUUCCUGGAAUGCAAAUCUCUAAACACAAGACAAAUGCCAGCUGUUGUUCACCUGUUCUAUAUAGUGGAUUUUGUCGGUGAUAGGGACACAGAAGAUGUUGAAGAAUUAAAACGGAUCGUCAUCAACGCCAUAAAGGAAAGUAAAUCCAAAAGAACACGGGUACAGAACUUGUACUUAGCAGAGCAAGGUACUCGUCAGUUUGAGUUUAGUCUCCCACUUGACACAUUUGAAGGAUCAAAGCCUGUUGAGAAGUCUAUAAAUCAAUCUACAUUAGGAGAAACUACAGCAUAUGUGCAGAAUACAGCGAAACGGCAAAUUGUCACAGUAGCAGUGACGAAACAAACAGUGACAAGUGUCAAAGGCAUGGAGUUAUUAUCACCACGUACUGAACAGGAGAGAACAGUUAUUACACGUACAACAGUGACACCUACAAUAUUGAGCUCACAAAAAGAAAAUACACUGAGACCAGAACAGAAAAUCCAAAAAAUAGAGUUGAACGAUGAAAAGAAACAUGAAAUAAAAAGAAAAUUACCAAACGUGAAAAUGUUGCAGAAAACCCCGACAACGGCAAAAGUGACAUUAGCAGAGGAAAUCCAGACAAUAUCAAAAGUGAAUACGGUAGAGGAAAUUCAAACAACGCCUACAGUGAAAACAGAGGAUGUCCGGGCAACACCUGAAGUAAAAAAGGUAGAGGAAAUCCAUGCAACACCGAUAGUGAAAACGUUAGGAGAAAUCCGGACAACGCCAAAACUGACAAUGCAAGGAGAUAUCCACACAACUUCAAAUGUGAAAAUGGCAGAGGAAGUCCGGACAACGCCAAAAGAGACAAUGGUAAAGGAAAUCCAGACAUCGACAAAAGUGAAAACGACGUCAAGCACAAUAACGAUAGAAAAAGUCCAGACAAAAACUGCGGACGUUAAAACGCUUGGAAAGAACUCGUGGGAUAGACUAUUGUCCGGUAUGAACUUUGACCUGGAAUGGCUUGAAUAAGUUUAAAUAAUGUACGGAACUAUUUCUUAAGCUGUGCUACUUCUAUAUGUUGACGUUUUCUCUCCAUAUUUAACAACCUCCCUUUGUGUAUAAAAUGUGCACUUUGUUAAAUAUCAUUUCAUAUAACGCUUGGUCAGAAAUAUAUAAAAACCCAACCCCUUGUAGCGUAUCUAGGAAGUUAGGGCAUUGGACAGAAUAAAAGCAAACCUUUGUAAUUUUUAACAAACGACAGUAUGCAACGACCCCUUCUGUACUACAGGUAUCCCAAUUAUGCUAUGAUAUUCUCGCUUUGGCCCCAUCUCUGUUUGUGAUCAUUACGCAUUUUUAUGCUAUAUUUGUGGUAAGAAUAUUAAAAUAACCGAUUUUA